UGUCAUGCUGAGAGAAUAGUCAGCCUGAAGAGACAUCUGUCAAGCAUGAUGAAGAUCGCAGUAAUCUACUGUCUGAUCGUGUCCCUCCUGCGCCGGGAGGCGCAUGCAGUGAUCACAGCCUCUGAAAGCGACUUUGUUGUGGACUGUGGAACGACUAUGGGUGGUCCCAUUCGGGUAGUUUACAUAAACAAGGACCCUGCUAACAAUCGCGUUGUCAAGAUGUCUGGUCUCAGAAACUUACCCACAUGUGUAGCGCAGUCCUGUAGCAAUGGCGUGUUAACCAUUUCUGAUCUCCGCACAAACUGUAACAUAGCUCAACCAGAUCUGACCCAAUCGAUUUAUGAAAUAAAAAUCAUUCUGCAGGAAUUUGAUUUAAUCUACAUGGCCACGGACCCACGGUUUACGUUCAGAUGUUCGUACACGUGCACUGGCGAUCUCACGACCUACGUUCCUCAUUCUGGAGGUCAAGUGAACGUCAGUGGGACAAUCAGAAUCCCAGAUUAGACAUCUCCAACGAUUUAGCUACGUUUGUACACGAUGAAAAAGUAAAAUAAGCCAAAACCGAACUUAUGUUGUGUGAAUUAUUUGCUCAUGAUGAUUUCCAGAGACUAUUCUUAUGUAAGAGAAGUAGAAAUGGAAAAAAGCCAAACUUUGGCCGAACGACGGAAAUAGAAAAUUCUCUAGUUUCAUGUCCCUAAGAUGUUGAUAAAAAGUCGGUUUUCAUAUGUUUCUGAAAACAGUACAAACAAAUUGUAAGUUUUUACUCUAACAAAUGUAAUCGAGAUAUUAAAGAAUACAUAUGGAUACUCUCAAUGA